AUGUUAUAGCAGUGCCUCAAAAUAUUCAGGUUUAGCUUUGCUGCAAAUACACCCUCAUUAGCUACACCAUGGUCAUUGAAGCCAUUCAAGACUGAGGUAUCUGUACCAAUAAUCAGAUUUCAUGAUGCAUAGCCUUCCGGGUAAUCAAUUACUUUGGAUUAAGAAAUAUUUAAUCAGCCUAUCAGAAGAGAUUUGGUCUAAAGAUUAGUGAGAUAUACUGAUUUGUAUGAUAAAAAAGUCACUAAAGCAACUUUGGCAUUGAGAGAUGCUGCAGCAUCAGGGGCAAAAAAUCAUCCGCAAAAAAAGACAGGAAGAGCACGUUAAGGACAUAGACAAAGACCAGGAAGAAAUAAAGGUAUUAAAGCGCAUGGAAGGAAAAUAAGAUCAUUAAGAAUUGAUUUACCAAGGAAAGUUAGAUUAUAAGCUUACAAGGUUGGUUUGACAGCUGCACUUAUUGAAGGUAAAUUCACUGUCAUAGACACUGAAAAAUUAAAUGAAGGAAAGACUAAGCAUUUGGUUUAAUUGAUGAAGGGGUUUGAAUCUUUUACUUAACCAUUGUUAAUUGUCACUAGUGUCGAUCCAGAUGACUUAUUUUUAAGGGCCUCUCGCAAUUUAGACUCUUUGGAGACAUGCACUGUUAAAGAGUUCAACAUUAUUAAAAUUCUUAAAUUCAAAUCAAUUCUUAUUACAAAAGAAGCUAUUUUGCAAUUGACAGAAUCAUUAAAAUAAAGGAAAUUAGCUCUUUUGGGAGAUAACAAGAUCAUCAAGAAGAAAUAUUCAGAAUAUCCAAUUGAAGAAUAUGACCCUACUAAACCUUUGGAUCUCAAAUUCAAAGUGUUAAGAGAGUAUUUGGAAGACUUUGAAAAAUUAAAACAAGAGGGAUAAUUAGAUAAAUUUAUUUAAGAUAUGCCUAAGACUAAGAAGGUUGGACGUAUUAAUACAAUAAAUCAUCAUUGAGAAAAUUAUUUGUUUUUAAAUAAA